CAAAUAUCAACUCCAUAGUCGCAACCACCACAACAUGGCAGUCUUGGGCCCGCCGCCGGCUCCCACAGUCGACCCUUCGCAGCCCAACACGCUGCGCUGGGACGACAUUGGAUUGGUGCUGACCCUCGAUUUCAUCACUGAAGAGGAAGAGGCCGCCAUGAUCCAGGCGUUUCACGCGCAAGACGUUCCGGGGCGGGACAGCAAGUCGGAGGCCAAGGCUGCAAAGCGGCGCCGCGUCAGCCGGCACUUUGGCUACCACUUCGACUACACAACUUUCGGCGCCUCCGAGACGCACUUCACCCCGGUGCCCUCCUACAUCACUAGCCUGCUCCCGCGCCUCCCCAUUCAAAGCUACCUGCCCGACCAGUUCACCGUCCAGUACUACCCGCCCGGCAGCGGCAUCCCGCCCCACGUUGACACCCACUCCAUGUUCGGCGAGGCCCUAUACAGCCUGUCGUUUGGGAGCGCCGUGCCCAUGCAAUUCCGCAUGUCCGGACCCAACGACGCCCGGAAGAUGCGGCUGCCCAAGCGGUCGCUGCAGCCCGAUGGCGGUGCCGCGCCGAGCCGCAACCAGCCAGGUGAGGGUGAACGGGACGAUGACCACCAUCAUCGCCACGAGGGAAAGAAGGGCGGGGAGCAGCAGCAGAAGCAGCAGAAAGAUAAGGAAGGAGAGCAGGAGGAGGAGGAGGAGGAGCAGGAGCCUCCCGCGUGGGAGCUCCUGCUGCCUGCGCGCUCGCUGCUGCUCAUGACGGGCCCCUCGCGCUACGGCUACACGCACGCAAUCCGGGCCCGCAAGACGGACAUCAUCGACGGGCGGACGGUGCCGAGGCGGGAUCGGUACUCCCUCACGAUGCGCACCGUAAGGAGGGGCAGCGAGGUGGGAUGCGACUGCGCGUACCCAGGCGUGUGUGACGCCAGGAUCCGGGAGGAGAUGACCCGCCAAGACGAAGCACGAGAGAGACGGAAAUACCAGUGACUGAGUGCUUUCUUGAUUUUCCAGACGGCAAUUUCAACGAUACAACGUUGGAAUGGGGUUGGCACUGAUAUCCAGAAACUAUCAACACCCCUCAAAUCAAAGCCAUAAAUACAGACGAAGUCAAGCACGCCGACCGAGCUCUACGCAAAGGCUAAGAACGCUCUAGACCUUGGCCAGUUCGACACUAUCAUUAGUGACGAGGAGGCUUCGCUGAUCGCUAACAGCUUCUGCGACGACCAGACCUAUUGCCCGUCAAGGGCUAUGGCGGCCCACGGCAUCCCGG